AUGUUGGACACGUUCGAGAUCUUGACCACCUCAGGGGUGGUCCUCUGGUCGAGGUCAUAUGCGCCAGUCAACCCAUCCGUCAUCAACAACUUCAUAUCCGAUGUCUUUAUCGAGGAGAAGAACGCCGGCACGACGUUGAGCCAGUCUGCCUCCAGUAACCCCCCAUACAAGCGCGACCAACAUACCCUGCGAUAUACCUUUGUUAAGGAACUAGGUGUCAUCUUUGUGGCCGUGUACAGGUCGCUUCUCCACCUGUCUUGGAUUGACAAGCUGGUCGACAACAUUAAGACGCUCUUCGUUGACCUUUAUGGCGAGCAGCUUACGAAGCCUCAUACGACACUGGUGGAGUGCCACAAGUUCGACGAGUACUUCGACCAGCAAAUGCGCGAGCUGGAGACGACGGCGCACAAGGGUGACUCAAACGUCCCGGAGGCCGACUUCGCCCAGGAAGAGAAGACUUUAUCCGGCAACCUCGGCGAUGACCCCCCGAUCCCCCCAGGUCUGCAUUACAGAGGACGUGGCCUCAACGGCGCAAGCGGCGGCGCCUCGACCAAUGAUUCCACCCCCGUCGCAACACCGAGCACCUCGCGUCCGUCAACCCCCGGUGUCGUAGUCGGAAAAGCGGGUCCUGUCGCAAAGAUGUCCCGUCGCGCUCGCAAGUCCCAGAAUACAGGAAGUUCAGCGCCGGCUUCUUCGGGCGACGAGUCCGCCGGUAGACGGCCGCGCCCUGCGACACGGUCUUCGACUAAGAAGGGCCGCAAGUGGGAUGCCGAAGGCAUGGCAGACGAGGAGGACGACGUUCAGCUCGACUAUUCGGCCGCUCCGAGAUCGGCUACCAGUGACUCGGAGGCCGAGACCACUGCGCGCUCUUCCGCCGUCGAGCACGUUGACGCAUCGACCUGGGGCAACAAGACGGCAAAGGGCCAGUUCGUGCUUAAGGACCUUGAUGAUGAGGUACACAAUAUUCUCGCGUCCGCACAAUCCAAGACCGGCUCUUCUUCCAAGGCCGAACCUGCGGGUGGACUCAUCGGCUCCGGUCUCAGCACCAUCGGUGGCCUCUUCCGUAACGUCGUGGGCGGCAAGACGCUCACCAAGGCCGACCUCGACAAGGCCAUGAAGGGGAUGGAGGAGCAUCUUCUCAAGAAGAACGUGGCGCGUGAGGCCGCCAUUCGUCUCUGUGAGGGCGUCGAGAAGGAGCUCUUGGGCGCCAAGACAGGCAGCUUCGAGAGCAUCAACGCCAAAAUCCAGUCCGCGAUGGAGGCAUCUCUUACAAAGAUGCUCACGCCAACCUCCUCGCUCGAUCUCCUCCGCGAGAUCGACGCCAUAACCGCACCGCCUGCUACCUCCUUGCGCAAGGCCCGCCCCUACGUCAUCUCCAUUGUCGGCGUCAACGGCGUCGGCAAGUCCACCAACCUCUCCAAGAUCUGCUUCUUCCUCCUCCAGAACAAGUACAAGGUCCUCAUUGCCGCAGGCGACACCUUCCGUUCCGGUGCCGUCGAGCAACUCGCCGUCCACGUGCGCAACCUCAAGGAGCUCACCUCCCGUGAGGGAGGUCGUGUCGAGCUGUACCAGAAGGGAUACGGCAAGGACGCCGCCACCGUCGCGCGUGACGCCGUUUCGUUUGCCGGGCAGGAGGGCUUUGACGUUGUUCUUAUCGACACCGCUGGCCGCAGACACAACGACCAGCGCUUGAUGUCUUCUUUGGAAAAGUUCGCCAAGUUUGCGCAGCCCGACAAGAUUCUCAUGGUUGGCGAGGCUCUCGUCGGAACCGACUCGGUCGCCCAAGCCCGUAACUUCAAUGCCGCCUUCGGCUCCGUCCGCUCCCUCGACGGCUUCAUCAUCUCCAAGUGUGACACAGUCGGCAACAUGGUCGGCACGCUCGUCAGUCUCGUGCACGCGACCAAUGUUCCCGUUCUCUUCGUCGGCGUCGGCCAGCAUUACUCUGACCUGCGCAACUUUUCCGUCAAAUGGGCUGUUGAGAAACUCCUGAGCAGUUCUUAA